GACUGAAAGCAUCCCGACUUCAUUCACCCCGGAGAUCACAGGACCGCUGGGAACUGACAUCAAGCUCCUCUGAGCUGCACAGCGGAGAGUUUUCUUUCUUGUUUCGUGCGUUGGUGCCAUUUCACUUUUCCUUCUCGUGUUCAGGACAGAACUGGUCAUAUCGGGACAUUUUCCAUUUAAAAGAUAAUGCACAUUGUAGACCAAUGAUUCACAGAAAGUGCCACGAUGCUCAACCUCUGCAGGAUGCACACAUUUUGACCGGAUUACAAUGAGGAUAAAGUGAUGGAUAUUGUUGGAUGUGUGAAUGUAAAAGAAAAGGUUUCCUGUUUCCAUUCGACUCCGGUUCUUUUCAUGCCGACACGAAGAACUGCUGAACAUCAACGUGACCUAAAUUAGUUUUGAUUGUUUUAUGAACGUUGAUGCUUCAAACUUCUGGACAAAAGGCUGUGCAACUGUGAGCUUUUCCCCUGCAGCUCGGACUUAAACCAUAUGCUUUACGGACACUUUAAUAUUAUUUUAGAAAUCGGCUCCUCUCUCACCUGCAGUGACUUACACUGAAUGCAGGAGCAGAACAAGCUUGGCUCUAUUCUUUAACCGCAUUUCAUUCAGGAGUUUACACAUCAUCUUAAGUUUUAGACGCGCCUGGCCCGCUCUUUCAUUGAGGUCGUGGUGGUGGCUAUUUCUACCGAGGGAUGUUUCUGGGCUCCCGAGAACAGGGAGCGACAGCCCGGCUCCUGCAUUGGACUUUCGCCUCGUCCUGGUGCCUAUGCUGCGGAUCUGAGAGGAGAUGAGAGCUGCGGUAUACCACCUCCUCGCCGGCUGCCUCUGCCUGUUACGUACCGCUGCUGAGGAGUCUCCUCUCCCCCGGGAGCUGUUGGAGCGGCUCUCCCGCAGCGAGAUCCGUAGCAUUAGCGACCUCCAGCGGCUGCUAGAGAUAGACUCCGUAGAGAACGAGGUGAUCGAGGAGACCAAACACAUCUACCACAAGGACUUCUCUCACAGCGUCCCCGACCUGAAGAGAGCACACACACACACCAGACGCAAGAGGAGCACUGUGGUGGAGGAGGCCUUGCCGGCGGUGUGUAAGGUGCGGACAGCGAUCUAUGAGAUCCCCAGGAGCCAGGUGGAUCCCACCUCAGCCAACUUCAUCAUCUGGCCGCCCUGCGUCGAGGUGAGGCGCUGCACCGGCUGCUGCAACACCAGCAACAUGAGAUGCCAGGCUGCUCGCAAGCACCACCGCACAGUCAAGGUGGCGAAGGUGGAGUACGUGCGACGGCGACCCAAGCUGAGGGAGGUGCAGGUGAGGCUGGAGGAUCACUUGGAGUGCAUGUGCACCAACAAACGGCACGUCAGCCCAAACUCCGACACAGACAAUGGCAUCAGGUGAAGAGAGAUGGAGAGACGGAGGACAGGAAGAGGAGGAUGACCUGAACCAGAGGACGAGCACCUUCAGCCUCCUACAUCUCCACCACACCACCUGCCAUCAAGUGACUGUCAAAGGAUUGAUGGAGUGUAUUUAACCUUUGGGAAGAGCCUAACUGACUCACAUGGACCUCCAACCAACUGUACUUUGAACGUUUUGCAAAACACUGAGAGCAACAAAGGGCCAGAACAUGAAAGAGGCAGAUGGUUUCGUGCUGGGAUUCCUCGAUGGAGAAAAGAAGUAAUUAGAUGCUGAAAAAACAGAACACUGGUAGCGGUGAGGUGGAUUCUGGGAUAUCGAAAGACUUAUUGUCUGCGUCUUGUUAUUCUCCAGAGCAUAAACCGCUCAGCGACUGGAAUUAUAAACUGGGUGGAAUCCUUUCUAGAAACUGUUGAUGGGCUUAGGUUUUUGUACUUCAAGAUUUACUCUUCCUCAGUAAAACACACACACACCACCCCCACACACACACACACACACACACACACACACACACACACACACACACACACACACACACACACACACACACACACAUAUAUCCUCUUAUUUUUAUAGCCCCUCAUUUUCUAUUGCUGUCUGUUUGUAUUUCUGGUAUGUUAUCUGCAUAAAGAAUGGAGGGAAUACAACCCUCCUGACAUGUUACUGAUACUAAUAAACUAUUUAUAUGAAAUCAAA